UGGUGCACAUCUGCGUGUUGGUUUCAUGACAAACGUGUAGGAAUGGAGACAAAAUCAUCUAUUGAUCUACAUCUGGAGUCAGCUGAAGGAGGCCUGAAGGAGCUAGUGCUUCAAUGGUUCAUUGGGACACAGGCACAGAUCAUACUACAAAAUGGAAACUUUCCUGACUGGUUUCAAGGAUUCACAGGAAGAAAGCAUGCAGAGGAUCUCCUGGGAGAUAAAGUUCUGGGAUCUUUUCUCAUCCGCCUCAGUGAUAAAGCCAUUGGCUACAUCCUUUCCUACAAGGGCCUUGACAGGUACCGCCAUUUUGUUAUAACUCAAAAUCAAGAGGAACUUUUUUUCAUAUCAGGUGACUGUCACACUUUUUCCUGCAUCGCUGACCUGAUAGAUCAUUACAAAAUCAGCCCCAUCCAGCCAUUUGGAGAAUACUUGACAUCCAGCUGUUAUGAGUCAAACGCAGGUGAACUGUAUGAUGUGGUGAAUUACAACAACAAAGGGGAAUCAGCAGUAAGUGUCCAGGCUUUGCGGAGUCUGUGGGACCCAAAUGAGAAGUCCGCUGCUGAAAACAAUCAAAAGAUCCAGGAACGUACUGGUGGUGUAUGCACCAUAUUUCAGCCACCUGCACUGCCACCUAAAUCCAGAAAUAAAAAAUUGACUGCAACCGUGUCUGUAGACUCCAUCUCCCUGUCUCAGACUCCUGCUGUUCCAAAAAGGGGUGUUCCACUGGCAUUCUCUCUUAGUGGAUCUUUUUCUGAUAUGAACAGAGCAGAAAGACUCAGGGGGAUUACAAGCUCGAUAACCGGUCAGACUUCACUUUUAAACACCAACGCAAGCUAUCCUGGUGGCCAUGUGGCUCACUCUCAGCAGACGCCUGUGGGUAGCAGAAGCAAAUCUGUGCCAAUGCUAAACAGAAAUAAACCGGAUCAGCAAGAGGAGCCCUAUUCAAACCAGUUUGACAGUCAAUCAUUCACAGUCUCAGCAUCUCAAUCCCACGCCACUGCCAAGAGGGUAACAUGUCACACAUAUUCACUUCAUGACCCCACAGUGUCUUUGAGACAGAGGGAUGAUCUUGAAUUGCUUAGUGCCAACCCACUGUACUAUACCUCUGAAAGACCUGAAUGGAGUUCAGGCUCUCUGAGAGCCACCAUGUAUGCUGAGAUUCAGCAGGAGCCAGCAAUUGUCACCUUCCCUAACGCCAACUAUGAGCAGGUCCCCGGCAAGUCCACUGAAAACCAGGGAAACACUUACGAGUCGUUUGAUGACAUAAAGACCAAGCAGUCCAAAUCUACAUGGGGGAAAAAUAAUAUAAAAUGGAAGAAAUUUCUCCCUGAUAUGAAGAAAUAAACAUGGCAUGAGGGACGUCUGGAGUGAAAAUAUAGUAAUCCCUCGUUUAUCACGGAUAAUUGGUUCCAAAACCACCCCGCGAUAAGUGAAAACCGCGAAGUAGGGUCACUCUCUAAUCUGUACAUUUUGUGUGUGUCAAUAAAUGUAUAUGAAACCAUUUAA